AUUAAAGAGUUGAUAACAGCGGGCACAAUGGCACUUCUAGUUUCGGUUGGGUUUCUUUCGCUUUUUAUUUCAACAGAAGCAUCUUUCAAGAAGGGAACUGCAGCUUGGCCUGGCAGUCUUCUUUGUGAUGACUUCAAAGUACUGAACAACAUGUCAUGGUGGUAUGACUGGCACCAAAAUAUGGACUUCUUUUAUGAAAAAGUCGGGAAAGUCUGUGAUCAUUCUAACGGAUGGUCAAUUCCUCAACAUGUUCCUAUGCUGAAACAGUAUCAUAACCACACCCAGCUUCAUAUACAAACCUGGGGCCCGUAUGUGCUGGGUUUUAAUGAGCCAAAUCACAAGGAUCAAGCUAACAUGACACCACAACAAGCUGCUGAUGCCUGGCCACUAUUGGAAAAAAACUCACAUGGCGCAAAACUUGUCAGUCCAGCAACGGCAGGUGCAAAAAUUGGGUGGUAUGAUUCGUUCUUUAGUCUGUGCCACGGCUGCCGUGUCGACUACAUUGCUGCACACAUGUAUAACUGCGAUGCCAAUGCAAUAAUGUCGUACCUUCAGAGGCUGUAUGACAGGUACCAUAAGCAAAUAUGGCUCACAGAGUUCGCUUGCCCUCAUUCUUCCGAUGAAAAUCAGCAACUGAACUUAAUGAAGAAUUUACUGCCGCAACUGGAAGCUGCUCCAUUUGUUUACAGGUAUUUAACUUGA